GUGGCGGCGGCGGCGCGCGCGGGCCGCCAUGACGCGGAGCUGCUCCGCGCUGGGCUGCACCGCGCGCGACACCGGGCGGAGCCGCGAGCGCGGCAUCUCCUUCCACCAGUUCCCGGUGGACGCCGCGCAGCGCCGGGAGUGGAUCCGCGCCGUGAACCGCGUGGACCCGCGGAGUCGCCGGGUGUGGCGGCCCGGUCCUGGCGCCAUCCUCUGCUCCCGACACUUCGCCGAAGGGGACUUCGAGCGCUACGGGCUGCGGCGGAAGCUGCGGCGGGGCGCCGUGCCUUCCCGCUUCCUCCCCUCGGAGCCGCCGGGCGCCGGCCGUAGGAGGAGCGGGACCGCCGGCCGAGCGCUGAAGCAGCCGCUGCCCAGUCCCCCCGCCGGGGACCACAACUACAGCCUGCAGGGACAGCGGGCGGCCGAGCCGCCGCCGGAGGCCCCGCAGCCGCCGCCGGCCGCCGCGAGAUGCGGCCCCGCGCCCCGGCGCAGGACCGUGCCCAGCAUCCUCAGGGAGCUGGCGGAGAAGUGGCAACUUUCUGAGGAAAUCGUGAGUUUGCUGCAGGCGCAGUUUUCAGCAGAUUUGCCUCGAGAGUUGCACAGCUGGAGGCAGAUGGCAGACUACUCACCAGAAAUGAGGCAAUUUGCCUGUCUUCUCCAUCUCUACCAUCUUAAGGCCUAUGAUUACCUACGGAAGAUUCUUCCCCUCCCUCAUCCUUACAGCCUGACAAACUGGCUGUCUAACAACGAGGCUGCUGCAGGCUUCAGCAGUAACAUUUUUCUCCGGCUUCAGGAGAAGGUGGAGAGAGGGGAUCAGUUUUACCGCUACUGCGCCGUGCUGGUACAGGACGUGUCCCUGCAGAAGCAGCAGGAGUGGGACCCGCAGACCAGGCGGCUGACGGGCUUUGUUGACUUGGGAGCGGGCACCCUUGAUGCUGAUGAAGCUCCGCUGGCGUCGGAAGCGAUAAUCCUCAUGGCAGUCGGCAUCUCGAGCCCUUGGAGAGCUCCCCUGGGCUAUUUCUUGGUGAACAGCACGUCCGGCCGCUUCCUGGCUCAGCUCCUUCGUCAGGCCAUCAAUAAACUGAAUGCCAUUGGGAUCGUGGUCCUGGCUGUGACAGCGGGUGCCUCUGCCCGUGGCGCUGAGACUGCCAGAGCGCUGGGGAUCAGGAUGGAUCCCAGGAGGAUUCGGUGCACCUUCCAGCAUCCACCCGGUUCUGCUCACAGCAUCGUGUACUUCUUCGAUGUUAGUCAGGCCCUCCUGCUGAUCAGGAAUGCUCUGCAGUGUUUCCAGAAGGUAGAGUGGCUCGGUGACACCGUGUGGUGGCAGCACGUGGUGGAGCUGGCAGCUUUGCGAGAACAGAGGGUGUUGGAGCUGUGCAGUCCUGAGUCAGGCAGGGCUGGCAGUAAAGGGAGUUACCACCUGAAGGUCAACCUCGCUACCCUGCUGUUCAGCGAGGGUGUUGCUGAGGCACUGGAGCACCUCCAGCAGCUGGGUCUGGCCUCGUUUCAGAACUGCAGUGGGACUGUCAAGUUUGUGCGUCUGAUGAGCUCUCUGUGCGAUGUGUUUUAUGGCAGAAGUUCCUAUGGAAAGGAGCCUUUGCUAGCUGGAAAUUACACCAAAAUAAGCAACCUCUUCGAUAAGGCCAAGAGCUGCUUUGUCAACUUAACCGACUCUGUGGGGAGAUACAUUAUUAAGAGCAAACGUAAACUGGGAUUUCUGAGCUUCUUGCUCAAUGCUGAAAGCCUCAAGUGGCUUUCCUCCAACUACACAUGUCCAGAAGGCGCUCCCUCCCCUCACCUCCACACACACGCCUUCAGCCUGGGCCCUCUGGAGCAGUUUCUCAGGGCCCUGCAGCAAGGCUGUGGCAGCAGUGGCAGCCCCACCUGCGCUGUGUUCCAGGCUGCUUUCCACAGACUGCUGGCCAGCUGCAGCCUGGCACCUGGCUCACCGCACAGCAGUGGCAGUGCCAGCCCCUGGGAUGUAUCCCUGCCUCAGAGGGGGGCUCUGACUCUGGGCAGCGUCUGUACUCAGUGUCACCCAGUUCCUGGGAGGACCCUGGCCCCGGAGUCCCCCUGCAGUGCCGGCCUGCUGCUGCCCAGCUGUGCCCUGAGCAACGCGCUGACGGAUCUGUCGCUGUACGCGCGGAGCCUCACCUGCGCCGCUGGCCGGGUGGCCGAGCAGCUGGCCCUGGACCUGCCGUGCGAGCCUUGUCUCGCCUCUCUGUUUGAGGCAGAUGAGAGCAGGCUGAGACACGGCUCAGUGCUCUACAUAAAGAAGUUAGGUGGUGUCAGUCUGCCCUCGGCCAGCGUGCACCACAUAACAAGCAUUUCGGAACAAGUCCUAAAUCUAUAUGGCAAAGUAGGAGGUGCUAACAAAAAUACCGAGCUGUGGCAUUUGUCUCUACAACAGAAAAUCUUCCAGGAGCUUCUGGGAGAAAGCCCUCUCUUUCCCACCCUCACAAACCAUUUCUUUGACGGGGAGCUGAGCAUCAACAACCACUACACAGUCCUAGUAAAGCAAGUAACACGGUGUUACUUAAACAUAAGAACAAGUCCCGCCCAACACCUGAAGUUGAAAUACCCUUGCAGAAGGCACAAAUUAAAGCAAAUGAAGGGAAAGCAUUUGUUUCCAUCACCACUGGGUAGCUGUCAGUCAAGCUAAACCCACACAUGGGCUGAGUACUCUGUGGUUCCAAGGAUGGCUGUUCCUUGCUGAGGCUCAGUGCUGGACAGACCAAGGCAACACACGUGAGGAAACACUGCUGGCAAAACUAGUGUUGAUAAGCAGUGAUGUUUUGGGCCACUGAAAACCCCCUAACCAGAGUUUAACUGAGCAAAGCAAGGAAGUUUAUCCAAUUCCCUGUUCCUUCAAGGAAUCCUGCAAAGCAGCCACGGGGUUCAUGAAAUUUGCAUGGCAGGUCAGGAUAAGCAAAGGUUACUCGAGGUGCUUGGGCAGUGGUAGGAGACUGCUGUCCCUGGGAGUGCUGUGUGGCUUUAAUGCUGCGAGUGCUCUUGCCAGAAGAAAACUGAUGAUGGAGUUGCAGGGGAAUCACAUGCACUAGCACUUUGAUUUCACCAAAAAGAUGUACUUUAUAAAAGCUGGGUGCAAUAAAGCUUCCAGAGCUUCUACUUAAAUAAGAAAAUGAAGAUGUGAAAAGAAAGUGCCACUCAAGAUAUACACAAGCUCUAAUCUUUCCAACAUGUCUCAUCAAACAUCUGAAGAUGCUGGUCAAGUCUAGAUCCUCUGGAGCAGUACUGAGCCUGACCAGACUGUUGUGUCCAGGGGCACCCAGGAGCACCAACACCCUCCUCCAGAGGCAGGAACACAUGGGGGUGCUGCAGCAGGGCAGGCAUUUCAGUCCCCAUUUCAUGGCCCCAUCCUCCCAGGGCUGGCCUGCAGGGCACAAGGCAUCCUCCUCUCAAAGUUUCCACUCAUCACUGGAGCCACAGCCAUCCCACAGAUGGCACCAAGUGGGACAGGCUUCUUCAGUUAAUUCAUUUCCAUGGGCAGCCAGCUUUGCCUGGAAUAGUGAAGGUGGGCAGAACUGCAGCCAAGGGGGUUCCCUUUGCUGUGCAUCUGUAGAGAUGGAAGACAACUAAUUCCCACAAAGCCUGCUGUUGAGGCACUUGCAAGAUCCACGAUGGAGCUGGGAUGAAAAAUGGUGACCUGCCACAGGAUGGCAGUAAUAAUAAUAAAGGUACCAUCGAAUCCCUCAAGCUCUGCUUUGAGAGCAGCAGCACCACAGAAAUUCACACAAUCACUGCUGGGAGGAACAAACCAGAACAUCUGGGCUUUUUUUUUCCCCCCCAACCCAAAUAUCUAUGCAAAAAAACCCAUGUUGAAACCAUCACUGUCAUGGAGCCAUUCCAGCUACACGAGACUUUGCAGGGAUCUAUUCCCUGCCCUCUCUCUAUAUGUGAUUUUUGGGACAACUGGCAAAAUGCAGAGAGGUUGCAAUCAUGUAAUGUUGGAACACUUGCAUUGCCUGCACCUCCCGCUCUAAGAUGAGUAGUUAUGAACUGUGCCACGGAUUGCUGUGCAUGACAGCACCAAGAACCAAGGGAUAUUUAUUUAUCUCUGGUAGCAUUUGGUCUCACUCACAUUGAAAAUCCAAGCCAGAACUUGCAUCAGAAGUGGACCUAAAUUUAUUUUGCUAUUUCAAUGACAAACCUUCUGUGUAUAUUUGUCAGUGUGGAAGCAAAGGAGUGCAAAAAAAUCAUAUUUACAGAAUAGUAUAAAUGUUUAUUUUUUGUGAUUUA